GGCCAGAAGAUGCCCAUCACCUGUCAGGAUAAGAACCGAUCUGCUGCCGUGAACAUGCGUACUGAGCAAUUUGUAGGGAAUGUAAACGUUCCUGCGAUUUGUAGUAAGACUGUUCUACGGGUCUAGGGCUCUCUUGAACGCGGAUGCUUGUGUGGCGGGCCUCAUGGCCGUCUGUUUCUGCCAGUGCGGACAUCGCGUUUCACGGCUGGGCCACACAAUGCGUUAUGAACGACACUGCAUUUGGGUGGGACCAGACUGGACCUGGUGCCCAGCCGCGGGGAUUCGCAUGGUUGAAAUUGGCUGCUGCAAGAACAAAGCGAGCUACAAUGCUCCGUGUUGGAUGGGAUGCAUGUGCUGCUUCCCCACACCCGUCCGCGGGGAGUGGCCUAGCUUGCUGGCGAGGCGAGAGCAGUCUGGGCGACGUGCGCGAUGGCGAGCAGCUCGGCUGUGCAGUCCAUCCCAACUAUACACACAAAUGAAACGCAGUGCCCUGAUUGGCUUGUCCAAUUUGAUAGAAUAUCCAACUCGCCGCUCCGUUAGCACCGGCUUGUCUGCCGGGCGGCCUCGGGCCCAGGCGCCGUCCACGGUUCCGCAUUCGCUCUUCAGGCCGGCACAUUGCCAGAUGCCGGUCGCGUUUGCCGGAUGCUCCGGACAGAACGCAGGCAAGUCGCGAUGUCGAUCUGGGCGCCUAUCUGGGGGGACAUGCCGCUGCGUCGGUAGCUUGGAUCCGGGUGCUCUAUAGCCCGCCCUAGUCUCGUCGCAUAACGAGCAUUCCCACCGCCAUAAUCGACUGCUCUU